AUGCCGCCUCUUCGCCCUCUCCUCCGACCCUUCCAGCGACAUACUCGCUCAUUAGCGACCUCCGCCUCGUCUAAACCUCGACAUCUUCUUUCCCUCUCCGAAGUCAGCGCGACCGAAUUGGCAACGCUGGUGAACAAUGCCACCCACCACAAAACACACCGAGCAGACGCUUCGUGGCCGCUGCGGAACUCGCUUUACGGUCAAACCGUAGCACUUCUCUUCUCCAAACUCUCGACCCGCACGCGGGUGUCGACCGAAGGCGCAGUGGCCUCGAUGGGAGGACAUCCAAUGUUCCUGGGCAAAAACGAUAUACAACUCGGAGUCAACGAGUCAUUAUACGAUACGUCCAAAGUGAUAUCGAGCAUGGUGUCGUCCAUCGUGGCGCGGGUCGGCCCACACGCCGACAUCGCGAACCUGGCCAAGGACUCGUCUGUGCCCGUGAUAAACGCACUGUGUGACACGUACCAUCCCAUGCAGAUCAUUGCGGACUUUGCGACGCUGACGCAGACCUUCAACUCGCCGGCUGAGAACCUCAAGGGCCUGAAGAUCGCCUGGGUAGGUGACGCCAACAAUGUGCUGUUCGACAUGUGCAUUGGCGCGAAGAAGUUGGGCAUUAACAUGGCUGUCGCGACGCCAAAGGGCUACGAGAUCCCCGACAAGAUCAAGCGGGAGAUCGCCGGCACCGAAGGCGACGGGAGGCUGGAGGAAACAAACGUGCCGGAAGAAGCGGUCAAGAAGUGCGACGUCAUCGUCACGGAUACGUGGAUCUCGAUGGGCCAGGAAGAAGAAAAGGUGAAACGACUAAAGGCUUUCGAAGGCUAUCAGGUCACUAAUGCCAUGGCUGAACGGGGCGGAGCCAACAAGACCUGGAAGUUCAUGCACUGUCUGCCCCGGCAUGCUGAGGAGGUCAAUGAUGAAGUCUUCUACGGUGACAGGUCACUGGUUUUCCCCGAGGCUCAAAAUCGCUUGUGGUCUGCUAUCGCCACGCUGGAAGGGUUUGUGGUAAAUAAGGGCACCAUCCGGAAAAGUUCAUAG